AUGGCCAACCCGAUGGUGCCGGGUAACUCUACGCCGCCGCCCCUGGUGUCCAAGAAAGAUAUACCAGUUUCAGGGAUCAUUUGCUCUGUCUAUGGGCUUGAAGAGAUACCCGUACAGGCAACGGAGGUGUCCUGCCUGUAUCUACUGCACCCACGCUCGAAUACUCGCGAGUCGAUGGAAUGGGCAGCUAUUGGAGCAGUAACUGAGUGGAACAGACGCCUGGCUAGCAAGCAGGCUGCUCCCAGCGAGCAGAACAAGGGGCUCGUAGCUGUAUGCUUUGACCAGCGAAACCAUGGCUCGAGAGAGAUGAACAAGCUGUGCAAUGAGUCGUGGAGAGGUGGAAAUCCCAACCAUGCACAGGAUAUGUUUUCAAUCUUUAAUGGAACAACUCGGGAUGUGUCUAUACUGAUUGACUACAUGGGAUGCUAUCUCUUUCCCAAGUCUGAGCGGAAGAUCACAGAUAAUCUCGUGCUGGGCGCUUCUCUUGGUGGCCAUGCUGCGUGGGGUUGUGUCCUACAUGAGCCUCGUAUCACCAGUGCUACCAUUAUCGUUGGUUGCCCGGAUUAUGUCAACCUAAUGGCUGACCGCGCUGAACGAUCAAAGCUGUCUACUUGGACGAAGAGCAACCCUCAAGGUUCUCAGUUCUUAGGCUCGGAGUCCUUCCCUCAGCCACUGAUAGACACCUUAAAGCAUUGGGACCCCACGAGUUUCUUCCUUAGUCAUAUAGGUGAAUACCCGCCCAAGGAGCCAAAACGCAGCGGGCCCAUCCCUGAUCCCACGGAAGAGGAAAAGAAUAUUCUUCGGCCAGUGAUGAAGCGAUGCCUGGCAGGUAAGAAGAUCCUGGUUCUCUCCGGGGGUGCGGACAAGUUAGUUCCUUAUGCACGCGGAGAACCAUUUUUGACAUGGUUGAAGAAGGCCAUUGGGCCAGAAGGAUGGUAUGCAGAGGGGAAGAUAUCACUAGAGGAUAUUAUCUUUGAAGGAGUGGCACACCAAGUCACGCCUCCUAUGAGGGACGAGGCCGUCAGGUUCAUCGGCGAUUGUCUGGCUGCGGGUCAGGAUAGCUCAGCAAGAUCCGCCAUGGUUAGGACAUCCAAGAUGUAG